UCUCUUCAGCGGCUCCUUUGACAUCAUGCCUACCAAGCUUUGAGUCUCACAAUUCCACUCUAUAUUCUCUCACAUCUACCAGUCUACAUCUCAUCACACCUUUAAAAUGAUCGUCACCGGCAAAUACGUCUACAAGAAGUACAAGAAGAGGAAGCAAGCAAAGGAAGACUCCCUAGCCGCCGACUCUGCCCAUCACGACGAACUGGUCAACAGCGUCCAAAACCCCAGCCCAUCAAUACUCAUAACCGGCGAUGCUGCAAACCCAAAUCCAGCACUCUACCAUGCACAUCCACCACCUUACGCAGAUGUCGAGCAGGCCAUGCUUGCGCAAACUCAGCCCCCGUAUUCGCCGUACAGUCCUCCGCACCAGCCACCGUCUCCAUCUACCUUAUCGCCGUCAGCAGCUUCGCCCUACCUGCAACACCAGCAGAAUCUUUCGCCGACAGAGAUCGCGGUUAGGGGGAGGUGGGUGUGGCAGCCGGACACGCCCGAUAUACCCACGCCGACAGCCACGGAUUCUUCGUACACGGUCUCGCUACCUGCGCAAUCUACGAAACCUCGGGUCGCCGAGCUAGAACCUGAAAGAGCGCCCGCCGAGCUCGCGGUUGGCAAGACGUUUGCAUUCGAAAAGGAUGUCGAGAAUGGCCCCGUCGAGCUACCAGCCGACCUACCAUCGGCAGACGACAGCAGCGGCAGCGAAGACAAUAUGGUACCGAAGAAGCUAGGCCUCGAGAAGCAUGCGCAGCGGGAUCUGCCAGAUCCUACGUCUUCGAAAUUAGAUCAGGCGACAAACUUGGUCAGGUAGAUGAGCAACUUCCGGGGCGUUUCAAGGAAUACCAAUACCAAUGCUUUGAGUUUCUCAAUAUCACGAUUACAUUCCUACAACUUCUCAUAUAGAAUAUUUUGCUCAAUCACGUGACCUAUUAUCACCUUUAUUUUCUAGCUUACGUCUCUUUUUCUCGCACAUUCCCAUCUCCACGGCAGUCCGCCCUACGAAUGUGAAAUCUCGA